CAAUUAUGAAUAAACGUUCUGUAAACAUUCAUGUAUAGGUUUUUGUGAGAACCUAAGUUUUCGUCUCUCUGGGAGAAAUGCCUAGGAGUGUAAUGGCUGAGUCAUAUGUAGAUGCAUGUUUACUUUUUAAAGAAACUGCCAAACUGUGUUUUCCCGAGUGACUACACUAUUUUACAUUCCUGCCAACAAUCUAUGAGUGAGCUUGUUUUUCGGCAUCCUCACUAGCAUUUGGUGUCCCUAUUUUUUAUUUUAGCCAUUCUGAUAGGUAUGUAGUGGUAUCUCAUGUUUUUAAUUUGCAUUUCCCCCAUGGCUAAUGAUUUCUUUUCAUGUGCUUAUUGCCUACCUCUAUACCCUCUCCAGUGAAAUUCUGUUCAUUUCUGUUUGCAAGAGCAUACUCUACUAAAAUUCUUGUGAGUUAUAGAUAGCUUAAGAAAAAAGGUAAAGGAAUUCCUUAUAUACCCAGGAAAUAAAACAUUAAAAUAUCAACAAUAUUCAUAAUGAAAAGCCAUAAUCAUUCCUCAUCAGAUCAUUCAGAUGAUCAUUAAUAUGUAAUAAUUCUUGUUCUACUUGAUCUUGGGUUUGUAAUCUCAGGGACCCAUCUGCUUCUCAAUUACAGUUCUAGAAAUCCUAACUCAGUCCACUGGUAUGUUCUCAAAAUUGUUUAAACAAUGCCAAAACUGGUAUAGUCCUUUUCCACAGUCCUUUGUUGAAGACUGGCUGUAGCUGAUUGCAGGUACUUUCAGAAAAGCAUCAGAGUAAAUUUAAAAAAUUAUCUGUAAAUGACAAAAGACUUUUAAUGGAUGUGGUUAAUUUAUUACUGAUAAUUUUCAAAAACGAAAGAUGUGAUGAGAGUUCAUUACAAGAAUAAUGCAACUGAUGAGAAAAUUUAGCUGUUUCUGUGGCAAGCAAAACAAGACAGAAGUCAAUCCAAAAAAAAAUUUUAGACAAAAUAUAUAAUGUCUGUAUAUAAUAUAUAUAAUCUCUUUAAGCAUAAUGAAUAAUCCCAUUUUCAAAGAAUGGAUAUUAUAAUUAAUUUAUAAAAAUGUUUGAACAUAAUCUUUACAAAGGAAAAAAAUCUUCAGAUUUAACAUAUUGUAAUCCUGGCAUAAUAUUCCAUGAAUAUACCAAGCAUAUGGUUGGAAUAUACCAAGAAUAUAUGGAGAAUAUUGAGUAAAGAGAUUCACUAAGUCUGGAGUAGUUCCAAAAAAUCUAUAUAUUAAUAAAAUUCCAGCAGUGAGUGAUGUGAAUCCACUGCUAAAAACCACUGGCCCAUGAAAUGCAAGCUUCAGAUAAAAUGAAGUUGCCAUCAAGUUAACAUCUUAGAAAGUAACUGAGAUUAUGAUUGAUAAUUGAUCAUUAUUAUUGAAGGAACUGUUGACCAUUAUUGAUCAUUAAUUGAUCAUCAGUCAUUAUUGAUCAUAAAUCAUUAUUGAUCAUAAAUCAUUAUUGAUCAUUAUUAUUGAGGGAACUGUUCAGGCAAAACAGCAUCAGGACCCUGAUGAGGAUCACAGGCAACAAGGACAUUAGAAGUUCUCCAGGAACUUUUCAUGCCUCAUACAAUUUCUGAAAUUUUAUAUAUAUUUAACAUUUUACCCCUACGAUUUACCUAAUGAAGGCUGAGCAUCUGUUUUGAUUUGACAGCUCUUCCCGUGUCACAUAUUAAAUACAUCUAGUUAUUUCCAGCACUUCCCUUUUUACAAAGUGAAAGAACAAAUCCGUUCUGAUUUUCCAGGACCCUCUGGGAAAUCUCAAAGACAAUUUUAGGUGCAAAAGAUAUAAUUUAGGAUUCAGUUUUGGGAAGGCAAAAUAUCAAAAGUUGCCAGAUUUGACAUUUGAGAUAGGAAUUGGAUCGUCAGUUACUGACCAACAACAUAUGGCUACCUGUUUAACCAAAUUGACAGAAUAAGAUUUUAAAAGUAAACAGAGGUGGUAACAUGAUUGUAAAGAACCUUAGGUCUUUCUAUGUGAGCCAUGCUUGUUUUCUUAAAUCAAGGGCAUAAACUCAACAUAAACCAGAGAAGGUUGUUCUAGUAAGACAUGGAAGCCUUUUUCCUUAACAGAUAGGCAUUCUGCAUACCUUGCAUACACAGUACUGCCACCAUUGCUUCUAGUUAGUCUCAUUCACAUGUAUUGAUUUUAACUUGUAACCCAGCCACUUCUGUUUCACAGGGAAAAGUAGGAGGCAGUAAAUUGUGAACUGUCAAACACCAGCAUUUGCAGCUGGCUGACAGAGCAUAUGAACAUCUCAUACACAGCCCUUACAGCCCAACUUCUGAAAGUGGCAAAAAUGAACAUUUUCAUUAGCAGAUGCAAAUAGAUAGCCUCUCUGUAGCACAUAAAAUUAAGAAGCAAAGUGUGUAAACUUGAAUCAUGUUUAGUAAUCAGUGUUUCAGUAUUGUCUUACUUAGAAAUGAUUUAUGUAUCAAAUAACUAUCCAUUAAUUAACCCAAUUUAGUAGAAGUCUGAGGUUUUAAGUUACAUAAAGAACUUGGAAAUUAUCUGCAAGCUGACAUAAUUACUGUUGAAUUUAAUUUAUGUAAGUGCUUAUUUAUUUGUAAACUAAUCAAAAUAGAGCUCCUUUAAGAGAUUUUUACGUUUAAUUUGCUAAUGCCAUCCAGAGGUAGGAAAAUAUAACACAGUCACAUAAUUAGAGGUAAAGCAGAUAGCUUAUAGCUUCAAUUCUAAAAUUUCAGCCAUGAGUUAAGCAUAAACAUAGAAAUACAAAGCUCCCCAAUCCAUAUAUCCACUCCCCAAUGAGCUUGAAGUUCUUAAUUGAUAUUAGCUCAAAAUAGGCAAGACUAACAAACCAGAUUCGCUGUCCUGUCUCACCCAACAGAGACAAGGUAACCCAUUAAUCCACUUACAGAGGUCAUCAAAUAAUCUAUAAAACCAAAAGAUGCUGGCACAAAAUAUCAAUAAAGGACUCAAAAAGAAUCAAGAUCAGAUUCUUACCAUGUUACCAGCGGACGUGAAUGCAAAGCACAGGAACAAGAACUGGACUCACCAAUGGGUCCUGAGUCUGCCAGUCAGGAACGGAGCAGAAAGGGCCCCAAGAGGCCUCCUGAUCUGGGCGGAGUAAGUGUGGAUCCAGAGGCAAAGACCAAUCUCAUAAGUCUCAUCCGAGUCAGGACAUCAAAACUGAAAGACCAAGAAUGUACCAAACAAUUAGAGCGAUGAUUUUAUUCAGGAUCUUGCCAUAGGGAGAACAUCUAUGGGUAAGGAACUUCCCAAAGAAGAGAAAACUGGGGAUUUUAUAAAACAGUGUAGUCAUUGAGGAAUGGCGCAGGUGGGUCUUAUCUGAGAAGAUGGAAGACCAGCUGGUCCUUUGUGCUCAUCCCUUGGAGACCGAGCUCAGGUCAAGUUCAACAUUAUCAGGUGGAACAAAGUUACCAAUAUUUAGUUGUGCAAAUUACUCAUUAAUUGUGCUAAUUAUGUGGAAUAUACAUUACAGUUUGAAAAUAGGAUUCACUGAAAAGUUACCAAGAGUUUCACUCGUAACUUUGAAUCAAAAUCUGUAGUUUUCUUUAUUUCUGCACUAGAGAAUUGAGACAAGGCAGCAUUAUCUGGUGAUAGUGAUCAGCAACUGAAAUUCUUUAGAAGCUAAACAAGAGGAAGAAGCUAGUGGAAAGAGGUUAAAGACCAAGGCUAGGUCAGUGGGCCAUAUUGUAGAAAUGAGACCCAAUAUUAAGAUUGCCCUCUCGCAUCUCUUCCUAUGAGGAAGGAGGUUAAAAAUGGGCAGGGCAUUUAUAAACGGGUCGGGGUAGCAAAUUUGUUAAGGGAUAAAUUUUAAGAGAACAGAAAAUCAUGACUUGUAAAAUGAGCACAUAUCAGGGAUACCGCCACACUCAUUAAUUAAUUAAGGAACCAGGCAAAUGUCACAACCUUUUCAAAAGAGAAGUCAAAACUAUGAAUUUAUAUGGAAUAAAGGAAUGCUGAAAUGAAUUUACAAGUGGAAGCAAAACUGGCUUUUUCCACUGGAAGGAGAAUUAUCCCUCUAUUAGACAAGUUAUUUGCAUAUCUUUAAACAAGAAUUAUUUGCACUGCUUUCAGUUGUCUACAAUUUACAGAGCUAUAAAAUAGAUAAGGCAGUGAAAGAGCUGAGCCCCAUAGGAUCAGUUACUUCCCUUAGGUUCCAGCAUUCCAUUGACCUUCUUUUGCUUAUUCCGGAGUCUUAAAUGUCUCCUUAACAUAGUUCCUCUGUAGUAAUUGCCUGCUUCCUCUGAUACUGAUUUAUAGCAGUUGAUUGCCCACAUUCUCUGCUUUAAAAGCCAUGCCUGAACCUAAAUGACCAUUCCCUUCUCCCCACUCUUAUAAGUCCCCUUCAUGUGGGGAGUUCAGCACAACCAGAAUACCUAAAUUUGCAUUCAGCUACAAGUGCAGUUUGUUGAUAUUUGGAUUGUUUUUGGUUAACAACUUUUCUCAGGGUGGCAUUUUGUAAAUAUUUAAUGGUAUAGGUGAUGACCAAGGGUUCUUUCUAUAAUAUAAUUUUAAAUUGGAAAUUAAUCAAUAGCCAUAAUACAGUUAAUACUUUUUGAAGUUUAUACCUUUGACCACAUAGCAGUAUAACUUGAGAUUUUAUAAAUCGGGAAUGAAGGUUAAUGACUUAGAGUUAGCCCAGUGGUUCUCAACCAAGGGAACUUUUGACCCUAAAGGGGAAUUUGAUAAUAUCUGCAGACCAUUUUUGGAUUUCAUAGCUGAUGGGGGGGAAGGAGAGGUCAUGAGUGCUACCUGCAUGUGGUGGGUUCCAGGCCAGGAGGCUGCUAAGCAUCUUGUGAUAUACAGGACAGUCCCCCACCACAAAGAGUUACCCAUCCUAAUAUGUUAAUAGGGCAGAGUUUGAGAAACCGAAGAGGAAAGCUGAAGUUUCAGUAGUGAUAAAAUGAAAAGUAAUUUUAUGUUUGCAACUUUGUAUGGAAAGCAAACAUAUCAUUUUUAUGGUCUUAAAAUAAGAUUCUUAUUACCAAUUUUCCAUUUAAUAAAUUAAACAAUCAGCAUUUCUUUUAACUGGAGGGAGUUGGUGAUUAAAUAGAAAUGGUCGCCUCUGUAAUAUAAUGAAUAUCUUAAAAGUGUUUUUCCUAUUUUAGGUUUUACUGAAGAAGUGUCUUAGAGAGUCAUCUCAUUUCCAGGAUCCAUAGUACUUACAAUUUGGAGUUGUCAACCUUCUUAUAAAAGAUACAUUUUAGAAGUCGAAAUGAAAGCUUUCAGUGAAGUUUUAGAACAGUUAUACAAAAAGGUACUAAUUGGAGCCUCACUUGAAAAACACAGCCAGGAGUACGUCUUCUAUCUCAAUCCCGCGUUUUCCGAUCAAGAUUUCUCUCCAUCUGCCUCCCUAGAAUGGCCGGACACCCGUGGGAGCCAGGAGAAGAACCAGCCACACUUUGCCCACUUGGCUGCCUCUUGUGUGGCUCCCAAAUGUCUGAAGAGACAGCCCCAGAUGGGCAGUGCCCGAGAGAUUACACUGCUUCAGUUGACAGUGAUCAAAGUGAUGAUAACCAGAAUAGUGUCUAGCAAAACUGAGUUCCACACAAAGGAGAAAUACAGCGAUAUUGUUAAAAUUCUUUUAAAAUCAUCUGAAGUGGAUUCUAAAUUGAUCUCUCUGUUCCAGAAUUCAGAUAAAUUGUUAUCCCACAUGACUGCAAAGUGCCUUGCGUUGCUUCUGUAUUUCCAACUGAGAGAGGAGAUAACAUUAAGUAAUUCCUGGAUAGCUUUUUGUCAAAAAAAUCUUUCUGAGUACACUGAGAGUGAUAAGAUAGCAUCCUGUCUCUGGACUCUUACAAUGGUAAUAAAAGAAAUCUUUAAAGAUACAUGUUCACAAAAAACAGAAAUUCUAAAGCAGUUCCUGGCUCCUUUUGACAGUGUUUUUGAAGUAUUUUACAACUCCCUAUUUUCUCAGCAUUUUGAAAACUGCCAAGAUACUUCUAAAAUAAUAAACAGCUUGAUGAGUUUCCUGGAGUUGCUUGAACUUCUUAUAGCCUCCAGAAUCUACCUGAAAUUGCAUUUCGCUUGCCAGAGGAUUUUAUUUUUUAGACCUUCUUGUGUGUUAGACAUUAUUACCUGGCCAGUUCAGGCUUUCGUCAAAAGGAAGUUCAUCCUAUUUGUUAAAAAGUGCCUUCUUUGUAAAGUGGGUGAAGACCUCUUUCCUGGAUCUGCCCCUGCCGUAAUGCCACCAGAUCUUCAUUUGGAUGUGGACAUGUUGGCUUUAGCUAAUGCCGUUUUGGAAGCUGUGAAUUUGGGGUUGUUGAGAACAUUGUCUGUUCAUGGAAAACCUUCCUUCUUUGGUGGCGAUGAAGUUCAGCCUGGAUGUAAAAGUAUCUCUGGUCAAGAUCAAGCAAUCCUUAGAGCAGUGAGCUUAGUUUUAAUUAAAUCCUUAGAAAUCAAGUUUCAGAAUUGUACUCCAGCAAAUGAAAUGGAAGUUGAUUUACAGAGAUUGAUGUCUGAGUUACUGACCUUCUUAAAGCCUCAUCUCCAGCCCUCUCUGCAAUUGCACAAUCCCUGUGAGUGGCUGUCCAGGGUCUUCAUAGAACAAGACGAUGACAUGCUGGAGGCUGCCAAGGCAUCCCUGGGCAUCUACCUCAAGUUGACCAAGUAUAUUUGGGGUAAUAUCUUCUUGUGGCAGAUAACUAUAAUUGGAGACUGCUGUAAAGCUACUGAAAGAAGCCUGACCCAAGAAAAAGUAAGGUGGAACCAUCACACACAUGAAAAUGGCUAUAAUCCUCACUGUAUUUUCUUAUUCUUCUUAAAAAAUAUAGGAUUUGAUUCUACCGUUCUUCUUGACUUUUUGAUUUCAUCAGAAACCUGUUUUCUUGAAUAUUUUGUUAGAUAUUUAAAAUUACUCCAAAAAGACUGGGGUAAUUUUUUCACCAUUUCCAAGUACUUUGAUGCAACUGAAUCUGAAGAUGACUUUGAUGUUUGUGGUUGUUUGCCUUCACUUAUCCAAGAAAGGAAUACCAACCAAAUGGAACCACUCUAUUUGACUGCUCUUGAUGGUCACAUACAUGCUAAUGCUUGGAGCUCCUGGGCCUCUGAUUUUUCUGAACCGCCCAACCAGGUUGUGACAUCUCAGGAGACCCCCACCCUUCUCCAGGCUGAUAGCCUGACUUCCCCUCAAACUUCUCAAAGUCUGGUGGAUUAUGACAGCUCUGAUGAUUCUGAAGUGGAAUCCACAGAUCAGCAUUUAGCAAACAGCAAACAGACAUCUCUACACCAAGAGACAAUUAAGAAGAUUCAACACACAGCUGGGUCAGGAACGGAUAAAGAGUUUGUACUAGAGCCUGAGUCAAGGCUUCUGGUGCCAAAAGGCUCUGAAACUUGUUUCUCCAUUGACCAUGAAGUAGCUCCAAAUAAUAUUGCUUCUGAAAUGGGAAUAUCCUACAGAACAGUUAAAUGCUUUGAAGAACUACAAGCUGCUGUUAACCGUUUGCAGAAAAAAAAUCUUUUCCCAUAUAACCCAAAAGCACUUUUGAAGUUGUUAAAACUUAUUGAGACAAUAUAUAAGAGUAAGAAUGCUUUGUAAAACUGGCAUUUUACUUCCAGGAACUAUUUCCCCUUAAUAACAAAUUUGCCUCAUGAGAUAAUCGUAAAAGAAAAAAAGUUAGCUCAAAAGGGUUUUUAAAGUCAAGUCUUUUUGCCUCAUUGGAAACAGCCUAAUGACUGAAAAAGAUCCAUCAAAUGACAGGGAUCCAGGUUUACGCCACAUGAACUUUAUGGUAAUUCAAACUUGCACAAAAUUUGGAAUGGUUAUUAUUUCCCCUGAGGUAUUUAAGUGUCUUGUGAUAUGUAACAAAUUUAAGAUCUUAGCAGUUUUUGCAAGAGAAGUGAUAGCUCUGUGUACAUGGUCUAUUCGAUGAACAUGAGUCUCUUAAAAUUUUUAAAUCACUAGGUGAUUUUCCUGUUUAAAUGUUUGUGAUAUGAAUAAUUCUGUCUUUCCUGGGGGUGGCAGUAAAUUAAAAUAAUGUUUUUAUUGGAUUUGAUUAACAUGAGCAGCACUUAUUUUGCUGAUGAGUCUGUUAUUAAAGCAAAUGGAAAUGCUAUUGUUAAAAUA